AUGACGGACAAGAUCAGAGAGAAUCACGGGAGGCACUGGUUCAUUUCACUCAAAGCGAACCUAUCCACAUCUGCCCUGGCGAAUCCCUGCCAGAUAGGUCUGAGGAUGAAACCUCCAUUCUCCAAGCCUCAACCCAUGUCUCGAGAGAAGAUCUGCUUCCAGAUUCAAAUGACCUUGGAUGUGCACCGUCAGACUUGUGGCGGCUUGGUACAAGGUCUCAAUGGGACUAUAGAGAGUCCUGGCUUUCCCCACGGCUACCCCAACUAUGCCAACUGUACGUGGAUCAUAGUCACUGGAGAGCGGAACAGGAUACAGUUGUCAUUUCACACCUUCGCUCUGGAGGAGGACUUUGACAUUGUCUCCAUCUAUGAUGGACAACCACAGCCAGGCAACCUGAAGAUGAGGUUGUCUGGCUUCAUGUUGCCAUCACCCAUCGUAAGUACGGGGUCGAUUUUGGCACUGUGGUUUACUACAGACUUUGCAGUUAGUGCCCAAGGAUUUAAAGCAAUCUAUGAAGUUCUACCAAGUCACACCUGUGGAAAUCCAGGGUUGAUACCGAGAGGGAUUAUCCAUGGGACCAGGUACAAUGUCGGUGACAAGAUCCGCUACAGUUGUGUGAUGGGAUAUGUUUUGGAGGGGCAUGCAGUGCUCACGUGCAUAGUAAGCCCAGGAAGUGGUGCAUCAUGGGAUUUCCCUGCACCAUUUUGUAGAGCUGAAGGAUCAUGUGGUGGGACGUUAAGAGGAACAACAGGGACAAUAUCAAGUCCCCAUUUUCCUUCAGAGUAUGAGAACAAUGCUGACUGCACGUGGGGUAUUCUGGCCGAGCCGGGAGACACCAUUGCCCUGGUCUUCACAGACUUCCAACUAGAAGAUAGAUAUGACUUUCUAGAGAUCAGCGGCACAGAAGCACCGUCAAUAUGGCUGACUGGAAUGAAUUUGCCAUCCCCUGUCAUCAGUAGCAAGAAUUGGCUGCGGCUUCACUUCACAUCUGACAGCAACCAUCGGAGGAAAGGAUUUAGUGCCCAGUAUCAAGUGAAGAAGGCCAUCGAGCUGAAAUCUAGAGGGGUGAAAAUGCUCCCGAGCAAGGAUACAAGUCACAAAAAUGCAGUCUUAAGCCAAGGUGGGAUGGCUGCAGACAUUUGUCCAGAUCCGGGGAUUCCCGAGAAUGGGAAAAGAAUUGGCUCCAGCUUCCAGGUUGGAGCCAGCAUCCAGUUUUCCUGCGACGACAGCUACGUACUGCAGGGAUCAAAGAGCAUCACUUGCCAGAGAGUGACUGAGACCCUGGCGGCCUGGAGUGACCACAGGCCUAUCUGUCGGACUAGGACCUGUGGCUCUAAUCUGCGGGGCCCUAAAGGCAUCAUAACGUCUCCAAAUUAUCCCGUCCAGUAUGAGAAUAACGCACACUGUGUGUGGGUCAUAACAGCAAUGGAUCCAGAGAAGGUCAUCAAGCUGGCGUUUGAAGAGUUUGAUCUAGAGCGAGCAUACGAUACGUUAACAGUGGGUGACGGAGGGAAGAUAGGUGAUGCUCGAAGAGUACUUUAUGUUCUCACGGGAUCCAGCGUGCCCGAUUUGAUUGUGAGUAUGAGCAACCAGAUGUGGCUCCAUCUGCAAUCUGAUGACACGAUCGGAUCACAAGGUUUCAAGGCUGUAUAUGAAGAAAUUGAGAAAGGUGGAUGUGGAGACCCAGGAGUCCCUGCAUAUGGAAAGCGAACUGGGGACCAUUUUUUACACGGUGAUGUGCUGACCUUUGAGUGUCAGGCUGCUUUUGAGUUGGUCGGCGAGAGGACAAUAUCAUGCCAGCAAAAUAACCAGUGGUCUGGAAACAAACCCAGCUGCGUCUUCUCCUGCUUCUUCAAUUUCACCACUCCGUCAGGCAUCAUCCUCUCGCCAAGCUACCCAGAGGAAUACGGAAACAACAUGAACUGUGUGUGGCUCAUUAUAGCUGAGCCAGGCAAUCGGAUCCAUCUCAUUUUCAGCGAUUUUGAGUUGGAGCCCCAGUUUGACUAUCUCAUUGUGAAAGACGAUGGGAUGCCGGAACCCACCACAUUUGGAACGUUCUCUGGGAAGGACGUACCCUCACAGAUCGCUAGCAAUGGGCAUAUAAUGCGCUUGGAGUUCCAGUCGGACCACUCAAACACGGGAAAGGGGUUUAAUAUCACCUACACAACUUUUGGUCAAAAUGAAUGUCACGACCCUGGUAUUCCCAUCAACGGGCAGCGCUUUGGAGAGCACUUCUUACUGGGCAGCUCAGUGCUCUUCACGUGUGAUGAGGGCUUUAUCAAAACCCAUGGAUCCGAAUCCAUCACCUGUGUCAUCCAGGAUGGAAAUGUAGUGUGGAAUGCGGCUGUCCCCCGGUGUGAAGCUCCAUGUGGCGGACAUCUAACGGCUCCCAUGGGGGUCGUACUGUCCCCUGGCUGGCCCGGAUACUACAAAGAUUCCCUCAACUGCGAAUGGGUGAUUGAAGCCAGAAAGGAUCAUGCCAUCAAGAUAUCUUUUGACAGGUUUCAGACGGAGGUUAAUUACGACACGCUGGAGAUUCGGGAUGGGCCCUCCAACUCGUCGCCUUUGAUCGGGGAGUACCAUGGCACUCAGGCCCCCCACUUCCUCAUCAGCACCGGCAAUUACAUGUACCUGCUCUUUACUACCGACAACAGCCGUUCCAGUGAAGGCUUCCAGAUCCGCUAUGAGAGUAUUAUGAUGGAAACAGAUUUCUGUUUAGAUCCAGGUAUCCCGGUGAAUGGGAAAAGGCACGGGAACAAUUUCGCCAUCGGCUCCAGAGUGACGUUCAGCUGCGAUCAAGGCUAUACUCUGAGCGAUAAUGAACCCAUUGUGUGUGAGAGAAACCAUCAGUGGAACCAUGCACUGCCCAGCUGUGACGCUUUGUGUGGGGGCUAUAUCUAUGGAAAAACUGGAACGGUUCUUUCCCCUGGUUUUCCGGAUUUCUACCCAAACUCUCUGAACUGCACUUGGACGAUAGAAGUGUCCCAUGGGAAAGGAGUGCAGCUUCUCUUCCACACGUUCCACCUGGAGGACUCCCAUGAUUACCUGCUCAUUACCGAGGACGGCAGCUUCACCGAGCCGGUGGCCAGGCUCACGGGCUCCGUCCUGCCACCCUCCAUCAAAGCAGGCCUGUUUGGCAACUUCAGCGUCCAGCUACGCUUCGUCUCGGACUUCUCCAUGUCAUACGAGGGCUUCAAUAUCACCUUCUCAGAGUACAGCUUGGAGCCGUGCGAGGACCCGGGAGUACCCGCAUACAGCAGGAGGGUGGGCUUUCAGUUUGGGGUCGGUGACUCCCUGGUCUUUUCCUGUUUUGCGGGCUACCGUUUGGAAGGCGAGAGUAAGAUCACUUGCUUGGGUGGAGGGAGGAGAGUAUGGAGUGCAGCCCUGCCCAGAUGUGUGGCUGAGUGUGGAGCCACUUCUGUGGCCAGUCAGGGUGUCCUACUGUCCCCCAAUUACCCGGCAAAUUACGACAACAACCACGAGUGCAUCUACCGCAUUGAGACCGACAGAGGCAAGGGGAUUCAAAUCACAGCCACCACCUUCCAGCUUCACGAGGGAGAUUUCCUCAAGGUAAGAAUGACCGACAUGAGUUCAUCAAGACUCCUGGGCAAUUUUACAAAAAACGACAUGUCUGAUGUCAUCCUCAACAGCACGUCCAACCAUCUUUGGAUGGAGUUUAACAGCAAUGGUACCGGUACCAGCAAAGGAUUCAAGCUGUCGUACAGCAGUUUUGACCUUGUCAAAUGUGAGGAGCCGGGGACACCUAAUUAUGGCUACAAAAUCCAAGACGAUGGCCAUUUUGCAGAUACAUAUGUUUUGUACAGUUGCAAUCCUGGAUACACACUACAUGGAAGCAGCACGUUAACGUGCCUCAGUGGAGGCCGUAGGGUGUGGGACAAACCACUUCCAUCUUGUAUUGCCGAGUGCGGAGGACACAUUAGCGGCGCCACAUCUGGACAGAUUCUGUCUCCUGGUUACCCGGCCCCCUAUGACAACAACCUUCACUGCACCUGGUCCAUUGAGGCGGACACAGGCAAAACCAUCAGCCUUCACUUCAUAGUCUUUGACACGGAAGUGGACCAUGACAUUCUGAAGGUCUGGGAUGGACCAGCGGAGAGUGGCAUUCUGCUGAAAGAGUGGAGUGGAUCGCUUUUACCCGAGGACACUCACAGCACCUUCAACAUCCUCACGCUUCAGUUUGACAGUGAUUACUUCAUUAGCAAGUCCGGUUUCUCCAUCCAGUUCUCUACUACAGUUGCCACGACCUGCAACGACCCAGGGACCCCUCAAAAUGGGACACGCUACGGAGACAGCAGGGAGCCUGGCGACACCAUUUCCUUUCAGUGUGACCCUGGGUACCAGAUUCAAGGAGUGUCUGAAAUCACUUGCGUUCAGCUCAACAGCCGAUUUUUCUGGCAGCCGGACCCACCCACCUGCAUUGCUACCUGCGGGGGCAAUGUGACAGGGCCUGCUGGGGUAAUUCUAUCACCCAACUAUCCCCAACCCUACCCACCAGGAAAAGAGUGUGACUGGCGGCUAAAAGUCAACCCUGACUUUGUCAUCGCUUUAAUCUUCAAAAGUUUUAACAUGGAGCCCAGCUAUGACUUCCUCCAUAUCUAUGACGGUGAGGACUCCAACGGACUCCUAAUCAUCAGUCUGCAGGGGAACCAGGUUCCUGAGCGCAUCGAGAGCAGUGGAAACAGCCUUUUUCUGGCCUUCCGCAGUGAUGCCUCCCUGGGGAUGUCUGGUUUUGCCAUCGAAUAUAAAGAAAAGCCACGAGAAGCAUGCUUCGACCCAGGGAACAUAAUGAACGGAACUCGACUGGGAAUGGACUACAAGCUGGGAUCAACUGUGACAUACCAGUGUGAUUCUGGUUACACCAUUGCGGGACCACCUACUCUCACCUGCAUCAUGGGGGCUGAUGGGAAACCUGUAUGGGACAAAGCUCUGCCUACGUGUAAAGCACCAUGCGGUGGGCAGUACACUGGAUCAGAGGGAGUGGUAUUAUCCCCAAAUUACCCUCUCAACUACACGACAGGCCAGACCUGCUCCUACUACAUCACAGUGUCUGGAGAAUUUGUGGUGUUUGGGCAAUUUGCCUAUUUCCAGACAGCCAUGAAUGACUCCGUUGAGCUAUUUGAUGGGCCCAAUCAGAAUUCUAGGCUGCUAAGCUCCCUGGCUGGGUCUCAUUCCGGAGAAACCUUGCCCUUGGCUAUCUCAAACCAAAUCAUGCUGAGAUUCAGCGCAAAAAGUGGCCCGUCCGCCAAAGGUUUUCAUUUUGUUUACCAAGCUGUUCCACGCACCAGCGAUACACAGUGCAGCUCCAUCCCAGAGCCCAGAUACGGCAGGCGGAUUGGGUCCGAAUUCUCAGCUGGCUCCAUUGUUCGUUUCGAGUGCAACCCUGGAUACCUCCUCCAGGGAUCCAAAGCCAUCAAGUGUCACAUAGUCCCUAACGCUCUGGCGCAGUGGAAUGACACCAUCCCAAAUUGUAUAGCUGUGGGACUGACGACCUGCCCGGAGCCCGUGAUCCCGGCCAAUGGCUUCAAGAACGGUGACAGGUACAUGAUGAACGAGGUUGUGUCAUUCAGCUGUGAGCCGGGGUACAUGCUUCAGGGACAUUCUCACAUGACGUGUAUGCCGGGAACCGUACGUCGCUGGAAUUACCCCCCUCCACUCUGUAUCGCGAAGUGUGGCGGUACCCUGUACGAUAUGAGCAAUGUUAUCCUGAGCCCGGGUUUCCCUGGGAACUACCCUGGAAACUUGGACUGCACCUGGAGGAUCAUGCUUCCUGUUGGAUACGGGGCACACAUCCAAUUUCUCAACUUCACCUCUGAGGAUAACCACGAUUUUUUAGAGUUUCGCAAUGGGCCGCACCACAGUAGCUCUCUCAUCGGACAGUUCAGCGGAAGCCAACUGCCGCCCCCUAUACUGAGCAGCAUGCAUGAAACCGUCAUCCACUUCUACAGCGACCACUCUGAGAACAGACAGGGCUUCAAACUCACUUACCAAGCAUAUGAAUUACAAAACUGUCAAGACCCAUAUCCAUUCCACAACGGGUAUAUCAUCAACAGCGAUUUCAACGCAGGCCAGUCCAUAACAUUUGAAUGCUUCCCUGGAUAUGUGUUGGUCGGCCACCAUGUGCUAACAUGUCAGCAUGGAAUCAACAGGAAGUGGAACCACCCUUUUCCUCGCUGUGAAGCUCCCUGCGGCUACAACGUGACGGCUCCAAACGGCACCAUUUUCUCUCCAGAGUACCCAAAUGAGUACCCAGACUCUCAGGACUGCACUUGGCUCAUCACCGUGCCCCAUGGUCACGGGGUUUACAUCAACUUCACCCUGCUCCAGACUGAGCCUGUGACUGACUAUAUCGCUGUCUGGGACGGCCCAGAGCAAAGCUACCCACAGCUGGGAAUUUUCAGCGGCAACACAGCCCUCGAGUCAGCCUACAGCACUUUCAAUCAGGUUCUUAUCAAGUUCCAUAGCGACUUCUCGACAAGUGGGUUCUUUGUCCUCAAUUUCCAUGCUUAUGGGCUCAAGAGAUGCCCUCCUCCCCCUACGGUUGAACAAGCAGAGGUAUUAUUUGAAGACCAGGACUACGAAAUCGGUGACAUUGUGAGGUAUAGAUGCUUUCCUGGAUUUACAUUGGUUGGUAGCGAUGAGCUCACCUGUAAGCUGAAUUCUCACCUGCAGUUCGAUGGUCCACCACCAGUGUGUGAAGCUCAGUGUCCCGCAAAUGAGGAACAGUCUGCCUCCUCUGGUGUGAUCCUGAGUCCAGGCUUCCCAAAAAACUACCCCAACUCCCAGACCUGCUCUUGGAUCAUCAGAGUGCAGCCUGCCUUUACCAUCGCCAUUUAUGUGGAAAUGUUUCAGAGCGAGAAGCAGUUUGACGAACUGGAGAUCUUUGAUGGGCCAUCUGGACAGAGUCCGUUGCUGGUAGCUCUGAGUGGGAACCACUCCACUCAAUUGAAUUUCACUAGCAAAACAAACCAGCUUUACCUCAGAUGGUCAACUGAUCAUGCGACCAGCAAGAAAGGCUUCAAAAUACGUUACACAGCCACGUACUGCAGUGUGAACGAUCAACCCAAGAAUGGAGGAGUCAUUAAUAGGGCGAGAGAUCGGCCAGGCAGCAGGCUCCAAUAUUACUGCAAUGCUGGCUUCAGGCUCGUGGGUCACAGAAAUGCCACAUGCAGACUCCAUCUCAAUGGACUUUACCAGUGGGACAAUCCGGCCCCACUGUGUCAAGCUGUGUCUUGCGGAGUGCCAGAGUUUCCUGCUAAUGGCUCAUUCCACGGCUUCCAAUACACAGUGGGCAGUAAGGUGCAGUACCAAUGCGAGGAGGGCUAUAAGCCUGACGCAAGCAGCCUGCUCACUGCCGUCUGCCUGGAGGAUGGCACCUGGAGCAACGUGGCACAUCCUACCCACUGUUUACCGGUUCAGUGCCCUAACAUUGAGAGCUUGCUCUCAGAACACAUGGUGUGGCGUCUCAUCUCAGGCUUGCUGAAUGAGUUCAGUGCACGAAUAAUGCUAAGCUGUUCCCCCGGCUACUAUCUGGCAGGCAGGAGGACCAUCAAAUGCUUAGCUAAUGCAACGUGGGAAGGGCUGGAGGAGAAGUCUACCUGCAAGAUUAUUUCCUGUGGGGAGCUUCCAUCCCCUCCUAAUGGCAGGAAGAUGGGCACUCUGACUACCUAUGGCGCCACAGCUAUCUUCAUGUGCAACACAGGGUACACUUUAGUGGGCUCGCACGUGAGGGAGUGUCAGGCUAACGGUCUCUGGAGUGGAGAUGAGACCAAAUGUCUGGCUGGUCAUUGUGAUUCUCCGGAUCCGAUAGUUAACGGCCACAUCAGUGGUGAUGGAUCUAGUUAUAGGGACACAGUCGUUUAUCAGUGUAACCUGGGCUUUCGGCUCAUAGGGACAUCAGUUCGUAUCUGCCAACAAGACCACAGGUGGUCAGGUCAAGCACCUGUGUGUGUUCUGGUAAACUGCUCUGAUCCGGGCUUUGUGGAGAACACCAUUCGUCACUCUCAACAGCGCUACCCCGAGAGCUUCAACUACAGAAACACCGUGAUGUAUCACUGCAAGAGGGGCUUCUAUCUGCUCGGCUCCUCCGUCCUCACCUGCCAGUCAAAUGGCUUCUGGGACAGAUCACUUCCUAAGUGCCUUCCAAUAUCCUGCGGUGAUCCCGGCACACCGCCGUUUGCUGUCAUGUCGGGCCAGAAGUUCACCAACAGAGCUGUGGUCCAUUACUCUUGCAGCCAGGGCCGGACUCUGGUGGGGAACGCCACGCGCCAGUGUCUGGAUGAUGGCCGGUGGAGCAGCUCGCCGCCCUACUGCUCAGGUGAUAAUCCAGGAUUCUGUGGCGAUCCAGGAAUUCCUCCUCACGGUUCUCGUCUUGGGGAGGAGUUCAGGCAUAAAAGCCUCCUAAGGUUCACGUGUGAAGCGGGCUACACGCUGAUUGGAUCUUCCGAGCGCACCUGUCUGCAGAAUAGGUCCUGGAGUGGAACCCAGCCCAUGUGUGAAGCUGUAUCCUGUGGAAAUCCUGGAACGCCGGCCUAUGCCAGGAUCGUUUUCAGCGAUGGUAUGCUGUUUCCUAGCUCGGUGACAUACGCCUGCUGGGAGGGGUACAAGACCUCGGGUCUCACCACUCGCCAUUGCACCACCAAUGGCACCUGGACCGGCUCAGUACCAGAUUGCAUCGUUAUCAGCUGUGGGGAUCCUGGUCCAAUUGCCAACGGAAUUUACAUUGGAAAUGAGUUCAUAUUUAACAAAACCGUCCACUAUUGCUGUAACCCUGGGUAUGUAAUGGAGCCCCCUGGUUCAUCUACUCUACGCUGCAGCAAAGAUGGCAUUUGGAAUCAGACCAAACCAAGCUGCAGAGUCAUAAUGUGUGGUCAGCCGCCAGCUAUCCACAAUGGGCGAGUGGAGGGCUCAGACCUGCAGUGGGGCUCUAGUGUUACCUACAGCUGCUUUGAAGGAUACCAGUUGUUCUCUCCUGGAAUAGCCACAUGUGAAGGGAACGGCACAUGGCGUGGUGAAAUCCCUCAGUGUCUGCCCGUGUUAUGUGGAGAUCCAGGCACCCCUGCAGAGGGCUUCAUAGAGGGCCGGCAGUUCACCUACAAAUCAGAGGUGUCAUUCUACUGCAGACCUCCAUUCCUGCAGGUGGGCUCCUCAAGAAGAGUUUGUGAGGCGUACGGUUCAUGGAGUGGAAUACAGCCUUCUUGCAUUGAUCCAACCAACAAUGCAUGUAAGGAUCCCGGAACCCCCGCAUAUGGAAUUCCAGUCCAGGCUCAGGGAUUUGAGGUUGGAAGUAAAAUUUUCUUCAGAUGUCGGAAAAACUAUCACAUCCUCGGCUCAACAACGAGAACGUGUUUAGAAAAUUUAACAUGGAGUGGGAUGCAACCAGAGUGUGUUGCACAUGCCUGUAAACAGCCUGAGACGCCAUCUCAUGUAGACGUGAAGGCUAUAGACCUGCCUACUCUAGGUUACACACUCAUGUAUACAUGCCAAGAUGGUUUCUACUUAUCUGGAGGAUCAGAGCACAGGACUUGCAAAGCAGAUGGAAGGUGGUCAGGCAAACCUCCAGUCUGCAAAGUUGGACCAAAAAUAAACAGCAAAUCAAAUGAGGAUCGAGACCUGCAGAAAAACAAGAUUCGUGUUCCUGCAGAUGUGUUCUCUUUGAAAUCUGGUUGGGCUGGAUUCUAUGAGUAUCUGGGAAAGAGACAGGCUGCCACGGUAACAGUCAAUGCAUUCAAUGCCACCACCAGCCGGGUCAACGUCACUCUUCUGGAGCAGAGUGGGGUGCACAUCAAACUCUCUGGAACUUACAAGAAAGAAGAAAAUCAUCUAUUAUUAAAAGUUUACCAGAUAAGAGGCCCAACAGAACAAUAUUUUAGCAAAUUCAAAAACGAUAACUGGGCAAUGGAUGGAUAUGUUACUGCAGAAACGGAGAAAAAAAUGUUUGUUUACCAAGGGCACAUUCACAGCAAGGAUUUUGGGAAGUUUCAGUUAACAAGACAAGGUCUUAUUACCACAGAUAUGGAUCCAUCUAAUCCUUACUACGGCACAAACAGCAGUUCUGUGGCAGCUGCCAUUCUAGUGCCCUUCUUUGCGCUUAUUUUAUCAGGGUUUGCCUUUUACCUCUACAAACACAGAACAAGACCAAAAGUUCAGUACAACGGAUAUGCAGGUCACGAGAACACUAAUGGACAAGCUUCAUUUGAGAAUCCCAUGUAUGAUACAAACAUGAAACCAACAGAGGCAAAGGCUGUGAGGUUUGAUACGACCCUCAAUACAGUCUGCACAGUAGUAUAGCCUUCAUUAUCAGCUCUGGACUGACCGGCCUCAUGGGUAAGCAGCAGAGCAGUGGGUACCAGACGCUAAUACUCCUUUACGACUGACUGCACUUUGCUAUAGAUUUUACUUUUAUCACAAGCUUACAAUUGACAAAAUAAAACCAAUGACUAUGUUUUUUAGAGAAAAAAAACAAAAUUAUAAAAAAAAACAUCAAAGAAAAAAUACUUUUCAAAGAACGAAGCUCACUUGACGCAUGUUCGGCCAGUACUGAGGUCAACAUUAUUUCUGGGAUCUGUACCGUACAUGGCACUUAAAGGAUGAAGUUUUUUUUUGUUUUUAUCUUUUUUUUUUUAUGUAUUCCCCCCUUAAAAGACUUCCUGGGAAAGAUACUGACGUGUCUUUGAAUGCCACAAAGUUGUUGACGCAAUGUAUUUUCUUCAGUGAAGACAAACCACAAAACGAGAAAGCAACUGGACUACUGUGGCUUAGCACACUUAAUAGAUCUCCACCAAGAAGGUAACAAAACGCUACAAGAAACUCGAAGGAGAGACGCUCACCUCCAGAUGGAGGACAGAACUCAACCGCUGUGUUGAAAAAAAUAAUAAACUUUAUUGCACAAAUUUUGCACUAGAAUGAAAUGGAUAUGAAAUCAAUGUAUUGGAAGAAACAAAAAAUAAUAUACAGGGUUUUAUUGACCGUAUGUAUAUAAACAUAAACCCAUAUCCAUAGAGAGCAUGAUGUCAUGCUACGGCUAUCAAGAGAGACUGAAUUUAUUUUUGAAAUGAAGUUCUGUUUAUGUUUACAAGGUGAUAAGGACACAAUUUAAUCAUUUUUGAUUGCUUUUUAAAUCAUUCAUCAUACUUCACAUCACGCACAUGUUGUACUGUUCCUUCGUGGUGUGUCCAAUCACUUGCUUGGACUAGCAUAUGCUGACAAAUUACAUUUAAUUUUUACGUUUGAAAUCAUAAUAGCUUUACUCACCAAUUUGCCGUAUCACCAAUUUGCUUUCAUUACGUAUCAAGUAUACCUCUUGUGCAGAACAUGACUGUAUUUUGAUGGCGCAGAUUUUGAGUUCAUUUAUCAGCUCUGUGUGGAUGCCUAUACAAGAUUUAUCUGAGCCCACAAGUUGAUGCAUUUUUUUUCCCCCAUUCCUCCUUUUUCUGAACCAGUGUGCAUCUCCCGUGCCCAUUAGAAACACAAAAUCAGCGGGGUUAAGAUCAAGCUUACGCUCAAAGAAACACUGCCUUAUUAGAUUCAGAAGCAUGACCGGGCCACACCGGUUCCCAAUGACCCAUAUCAUUAGUAUGUUAACCUAGAUGAAGAGCGUAGGGCUGCUGGGGUGCACAUUCACUGUGAUUUAAAUGUCAUGACCACGCUGAUUCCAGUGCAUGUGCUAAAACUGUAAGUGCUCCCAUUUUUCCACGUGAACAACGUGAUGCCUGAUGUUUUCUCAACGCUGUGUUACCAUAUGCACUUGCGUGCUACACAUCGACAGCUUUGAGCAUAAAAUGUGCACAAUGACAUUGUAGGCUUGCUGUUGGAUAUCAUAUAAUUUUCACAUUGAUUGUAUUUUCAAUCAAAACCACGUUUUGUUUCCAAAAGUGUUUCGAUGUUUUCCGUUGAGUCAUGCUCUCAGAUCGAAUCAUUUCCGUGUACGUUGGAUUCGCCAGGUUGGUGUAAAGAGCGGUGUCGGUUUUCUCACACUGCGGAUGAUCCAUGUCUUGCCUUUUCUCAGGCUUGCUGCAAUAAUAUUUCUUUGUUCAGUUGCAUUUUGUACAGUUUUGUUUCCUUACGACUGUAAAAUAGUUUCGCCACUGUCAAGCUGUAAAACUGCAUUCAAACCAACAAUCGUGCUACUCGCCAUUGUCAUUCGAUCAUGUGCUGCUGACUUGAAGUAGGUGCAAAAGAUGUUUUUGUACAGAAAUAUAUUUUUUAUGCAGAAUUUGUAAAAUUAUUAAAUAUGCUGUACUUUUUUGAUUAAUGUAGGUAAAAUUGUUAAAAUAAAUGUUUUUACUGUAUAAAAAUGUAAAUUAAUUGUUUAUCUACCCAUAAGUAUAUAUCUAUGGUUAAAAAAUUUCCAACAAAUUUCAUUUUUAUACAGU